ACGCGGCCCUGUGAGAGAGACAUUUUGGUGACACACCACCGCGUCUCGGAUCAGUGGACACCUCGGGGACUGCCGCGGAGUAUCUCCAUGCUUCUAACCGCCCAAGAUACAUGAGAAAGGACAGAAAUGACUAACCGAGAAGAAGCUGAGAUGCAGAUGUCGGAAUUAGAUUUACUCUCUAGCAUGUUUCCUUCCGAGGAAGAGUUCACUGUGACUGACCAGCUGGCUGUGGCAGAACUAAAGCACUAUGCUGAAAAUGAGUCUGCAGAGAUGCCAUCUUCAAAAGUUCAGUUUAUACUGAAUGUAAAGCCGGAGGUCUCUAAUGCCUCUCUGGUGGAAUUCUCUAUGGUCUGUGCCUUACCGUUUAAAUAUCCAGCUGUUCUACCAGAAAUUACUGUGAGGUCAUCAUUAUUAAGCCGCGCUCAGCAGAUUCACCUGAACUCUGAUCUAAAAACAUAUUUGAUGCAAAACUGCAGUGGUGAGCCCUGCAUGUUGAGUGCAAGGGAAUGGGUUAAAGACCAUGCAGCUGCUUACAUUGACAAAGAGCUUUCGUCUUCCUCAGUGACAACAUCAAAUGCCGUGCAGGCAGAAGACACCACGUUCACUCGAUUGUGGAUCUAUAGUCAUCACAUUUACAACAAGCAAAAGAGAAAGAAUAUUAUUGACUGGGCCAAGGAGCUCUCCCUGUCAGGGUUUUGCAUGCCAGGGAAACCAGGUGUUGUUUGUGUAGAAGGUUUACAAAGUAGUUGUGAAGAGUUCUGGUCAAGAGUAAGAAGAUUAACGUGGAAAAGAAUUCUCAUUCGGCACAGAGAAGAUGUUUCUUUGGAAGGUGGAGGACAUGCUGAGAUUCAGAAACAAAGAAAGUUCCCCCCUUUGGAAGAAAAAUGUUUUGAUGCACAUGGUGCCAGAGGAAAUCAUAUGGAUUUGGGGCAGCUAUAUCGGUUUUUAGAAGAAAAAGGAUGUGCUGACAUUUUUCAAAUGUACUUCGGGGUUGAAGGGCAUUGAAGGGGUUGAAGAUCACCACAGGUCCAAGUGGUGAUCUUUGUAAGUUAGUCCUCUAACAGGUUCCUUAGCUGUUCUGCGACAGUUGAUCAGAGAGGGAAUUAAUAAUUUGUGUGUUAUACGAUUAAUCCAGUUUUCAAUGAAAACAAAUAUUCAGUGAAAUCCUGAAUGAUGAAAAUGACUAAAUGAAUGCUUUAUUACACCUUCUGGUUUUAAGGACAUUUAGGGUACAUACCUAACUACAAUGAAAGAAAAUAUGUGUGAUAACCUACCGGGCAGUUACAGAAUUACAGAUUAAUGAAUAGAUGGAAUUAUGGUGAAUGAAUAUAUGAAUAAGAAGAAACAAAAAUGAAGGAUGGGUAUCUCAGGAGAGGAAAUGUGAUGUUUACAUUAUUUGUUACUGUUUACAUACACUACAUGAUGACCUUUUUUGUAACAAUCUUUUCUUCUCCUUUCUACCUGAAAGUAUAUUGAGCCAUAGGAUUAAUGUUUUAUUUAAAAAAA